AUGUUUGGUGUUUGUCUGUGCCACACAACGGACGAGCAUAUGAUAUGCAACAAAAUUGAUUUGAUAUUUGAAUUGGCAAAGGCUGAAAAAGUGGACAAGAACGCACCAAACGAGGAAUACGAGCAGCCAAUGCAAGAUUAUGCCGACUCGCUGGGGUACGUGGCAGUAACGCAUCUAGACAAAGUGAUGGCCAAAUUAGGAAGUACUGUGAUUGAUGAUAAUUCUGUGAAAAAAUCGAAUAGUUUUUUCUCACACCUAAGCUUCAUUAAAGACAGCGCCAAAGAACUGGAGAUAUACAAAAUGAAAAUACUGACAUUGGAGGCGUUAAACGUGAUUGUGUACAGAGCCCCUAAGGAGCAACUCUUGCAUCAUUUUACUGAAACCGUUAUCAACUAUUUAAUAGCGCAGUUUGACAGCAAAGAACUGUUUAUCAAACAAUUGAUACUGGAUACACUGUUGGCGUCAAUCGAUAUUUUCAUGACUUCUGACUGGGAAGAACGUAUGACUGGCUCAAAGAUAAGGAGUGAUUUGCAUAAAAUGUGUUUAACUAUCACUAGCGAUACUACGAAUGAGUACUUACCGGUGUUUCCGUCGAUAAUCAAACUCUCCACUGUGCUUGUUAAGCUGCAUGCUAAAGAUCAGGUGCUUAGCGUUAACGGACUGCUUGAUUCAAUCUGUUUCUACUUUUUCUCUAAUGCUCACAACUUGAAACUGCGUUCAAAUAGCAUUGAUAAUGAUACGCAAAACAGUUUUUUGGCAACGUUCCUGAACCUUGCCUUGCCAGAGGUGAAUCGAUUUAUUCAGCAAGUGCUUGAACAGCAGGACGCAUCGCCGGCUAGUUUGGACGAUGUACAUUCGAUCCUGGAAGGAUGGCUUAAGGACAAAAAUUGUGAGGCACGCAUAUGCGCUUGUCACGUUUAUAAUAGCACACUCGCCGUAUAUAUGAAAUCUACGAAGAUCGGUUGCGAGGGACCUUCGAAAUUUAAUCAAACUGGCAGCAUGUUGGGGAAAAUCAUACCACGCUGCAUUGAUUCUAAUGCUACAGUACGACAAACUGCUGUUGAGGUGCUGACGAAGAUUCUGGAAAUAGCCUACAUAUACGAAACGGUCACUGUAGCAGAUGAUCGCGUCGAAUGGCUAGUGGAAUUGAAAAAAAUCCAUGAUGAGAUAGUGACGGAUGACCCCAAAGAGAUCUAUCGCAUAGCAGGAGAGUUGGCACGCAUCGUAGCUCAGCGCUUAUCCAGCUAUCAGUACGUCAAGUUCUGUAAAUGUCUUUUGGGAAGCAUAAAUGAUCCGGAGCAAAGCUCCGUAAUCGGAGCGUCCCAUGUGCUCAAACUGUUUAUGCACGUAAAGGGUGCAGAAAUGUACCACGCAAUACCCGAGUUGAUCAAGGAUUGCCUAUACGCUGUUAAACUGUGCGAAAUAUCCCGAGCAAGGGCCGCCAUAGUAAAAUCGAUCCUGGCUCUGACGAAGCAUCAUCCGAAACUAGUGUGCAAUGAAAUUCUUUCGCAAAGUUUGCCGCUCGAAGAGUGA